GCUGAUUGAAUUUCGCGACUAAAAACGAAUUAAAAAGUGCGUGCAAAACAAAGCAAAGCAAACAGCAGCAUUGUUGCGAUUUGGAUUUCGUGUGGGGCGUGGCAAGGAGAACACCGCCGCAGGGCAGCAACAACAACGCACAAAAGGAGAAGCAACUGCAGAGAAAAUGCACAGCAACGUGAAUCAGGGGGGCUACGUGCCGCCAGGUUUCGGCGCUGGAUACCAGCCAAAUGCGCCGCCAGCCGAGGGCUACGGCUAUCCGCCGCCAGCAGCCCCACAGAAUAAUCCGUAUGCUCCAUCGCCGCAUCACCAGCAGCCGGGACAGCCGCCAAUGAAUUAUGGCUUUGUGCCGGGCCAGCACCCACAGGGUUACGCACCAGUGCCACAGAUGCCGCCCUACGGAGAGGCGCCACCUUAUGGCGCAGGACAGCCGCCGUAUGGGGGCGGAGGAGGAGGAGCUCCGCCACCGUUGCAGCAAUCCUUUGGCUAUCCACCUGGACCGGCGGGACCACCGCAGGCCUAUGGAUAUCCACCGGGACCGGCUGGACCGCCGCAGCAGCCGAUUGUCUCGCAGCCCGGAAUGCCGCCCGCACAGCCACAGCCGGGCAUGGCACCCGGAAUGGGAGCAGGAGGCGACUGGAUGAGUAUACCAGCCGGAAUUCCGAACUGUCCGCGCGGAUUGGAAUACCUUACGACUAUCGACCAGCUUUUGGUUAAGCAGAAGGUGGAGCUGCUCGAGGCCUUCACCGGCUUCGAGACCAACAACAAGUUCUCCAUCAAGAACGCGCUUGGCCAGAAGGUGUACUAUGCGGUGGAGGACAACGACUGCUGCACGCGCAACAUAUGCGGUCCGUCGCGUCCCUUCGACAUGAAGGUGUUCGACAACUACCGCCAGGAGGUGAUCCACAUGCACCGGCCGUUGGCCUGCUCGGCCUGUUGCUUCCCCUGCUGCCUGCAGAGCAUUUCGGUGUCUGCACCGCCGGGCAACGUUAUCGGCACCAUUGAACAGGAGUGGUCCAUCUGCUCGCCCUCGUUCCGCAUUCUCAACCACAUCGGAGACACAGUGCUGCGCAUUGAGGGUCCCUUCUGCACCUUCUCCCUCUGCGGCGAUGUGGAGUUCAAUGUGGUGUCUCUGACUGGCGAGAGGAUUGGCAAGAUCUCGAAGCAAUGGUCUGGAUUGGCGCGUGAAAUCUUCACGGAUGCCGACUUCUUUGGCAUCAGCUUCCCCCUGGACCUGGAUGUGCGCAUGAAGGCGGUUCUCCUUGGCGCCACAUUCUUGAUUGAUGCAAUGUUCUUUGAGAAGUCUGGCAAUCGAGAAACCGACGGACCGGGCAUGCUGUAAUUACGUGCUGACACGUUCUGCUGUUGCAGUGGUCUCUGAACCACCGCGUACUAGUCUGCUGAUGGCCAAAGCUGACGACUCUCUACCAAAUGCUUUAAAUUGGAAAUGGAAUCAAAAUACUGGAAUCUUUGUUAAUGCUACGGACAACCAUAAACCGUAAACCUGACCCACUCAGGUGUCCCUCGAAUGGACAGUGCCGGGAUAUUCGUUUUUUUACUACGCUUAAGUAACACGUUGGCAUUUUUGCUCCUUUUGCCACAUCCGCAAUCUUCAACGAAUGAAAAUCUGCUUCCUUUAUGCAAUUUUUUGUACCUCUACAACGAUGCACAGUGAAACAGAAACAGAAACUAGCUAAUGAGCAACUCCCACGUGAACCAUGUACUUUAAUCUGUAUUCUGAGUGUCUUAUACAUAAAAUAAUAUAUUUAAAAUGCAUACAAACUGUAUGCAAUACAACAAUCUACAUUGAUUUUAUGUUUAAGUUUUCUUAUAUUGAUGUAAUCAAAGAUAUUUAUGUACUCAAAUGUAUUACUCCGAGGGUUUAAUAAAAGAAA